AUGCCUCAAAUACCAUUCACUAUCUCCUCUAAGGACUACACGCCUUCAUCAAGUGAUGAGAGGAAAGACUUCCUGGGGAUCUUCCCACCUGCUCCUGAACCAAAGACGGAAUUGGGUCGAUACAGGUUGUUAGCCCCUACUGCCGGUGUCCGGGUAUCACCCCUAUGUCUCGGGGCAAUGUCCAUAGGAGAUCAAUGGAAGGGAUUCAUGGGUGGUGGAUUAGAUUAUAACAAAUCUGAAGAGUUCUUGGACUAUUUCUACAAGGCUGGAGGUAAUUUCAUUGAUACUUCCAACAACUAUCAAGACGAGCAAUCUGAGAUUAUCAUUGGUGAAUGGAUGGAGAAAAGAGGUAUUAGGGAUGAGAUCGUGUUAGCUACUAAAUACACUACUUUCCCAUUGGAUCGUAAAGAAGGUAGAUUCCAAGGUAUUGGAGCCAACUAUGUUGGUAAUGCUAAGAAGAAUUUACGAUUGACUGUCGAUUCUUCGUUGAAGAAGCUUCGAACGUCAUACAUCGAUAUCCUCUACGUACACUGGUGGGAUUACUCGACCUCUAUCCCUGAACUCAUGCAAUCAUUGAACGACUUGAUCAAAUCAGGCAAAGUCUUGUAUCUCGGUGUAUCUGAUACUCCUGCCUGGGUGGUAUCUCAAGCGAACGAGUAUGCGAGAAAUCAUGGAUUAUCUCAGUUCGUCGUUUAUCAAGGAGCGUGGAGUUUGGCUCAAAGGGAUUUAGAAAGAGAUAUUAUUCCUAUGGCCAGAGCGAAUGGAAUGAGCAUUGCCCCUUGGAACGCUCUUGGAGGAGGUAAAUUUAAGACUCCCCAGGAGAUCGAAGAGCGAAAGAAAGCCGGUACCCUUCGAGCAGGCAUGGAACCUACUCCUGACCAAGUCAAGGCUGCCGAGGCGCUGAAGGAGGUAGCAGAUGAAUUGGGAAGUGACGUCAAAUUGCCUAACGUCGCUCUCGCAUGGGUCAGACAUGUAGUAACAGAUUGUUAUCCAAUCAUUGGGGGAACUAGUAUCGAAAAUUUGAAAUCCAACAUUGAAGCACUCAAAAUCCAAUUGACACCGGAACAAGUCAAUAAACUGACCAAUGCGGUUCCAUUCGAUAUUGGCUUCCCAUAUAACAUGUUCGGUACAGAUCCUCACUAUCUACCAGGAGGUAAAUCGAAUAACGCUCUGAUCAAUACUGCCGCUCCUCUUAAAUACAAUAGCACGAUCGCGUAA